AUGAACACAAGUAUGUCAACGUCGCCGCCCAUGGGCAUCCCCGAGGACCACGUCCGCAUGACCAAGGGCCCCCGCCGUAACUCGUGCGAGGCUCGUCCCGGUCUCAUCGAGUCAACGCACAUCGCCCCGCUCAACGAAGGUAUCAUGGCCCCCGACCACGCCAUGCCCACCAUGAUGGCCACGUCGCCUCCCAUGGGCAUCCCGGCCGACCACGUCCGUCCCAACAAGGGCCCGCGCCGCAACUCGUGUGAGGCCCGCCCGGGACUCAUCGAGAGCACGCACCUCGCGCCGCUCAACGAGGGACUCAUGGCCCCCGAGCCGACGGAGUGCGACCUGUCCGACGACCAGAUGGCCAAGCUGUAUUGA